AUGGCAGCGGCUGUUGGUGCUGCGGAGAAGGUCGAGGCGCCGAGGAACAAGAGGGCGAACCUGCUGGACGCGAUUACGAUGGCGGAUGAAAGCUGUUUCGUUGCCUGUGCUUCGUACAUUGCUAAGAAUGCGCCGUGUCACUGCCUGACGGGAUGCCUGCACUCGGCGCCCUUCGAGGCAUUGCGUUGUUUCAUUCAGUGUGAUGUCACAAUCAUCAUGGAAGCAUCUUUCCUCAACGGCUUUGAGUGUGACAAUACGAAUGACGGCAAAGAGAGCGAUGAGGAUUAUGGUGACGACUUGCACCGAGGGGCGGAUUAUUUGCGUGUCUUUGCACACGAAUCCCAGGAGGGUUUGAAUGCCGUCUCCACAAUUCCCGGCCUUGCGGAACCGUUGGCUUUCGCGCUGUCACCCGCCGUAAUUAGUGCCCAUGCGUUGAGGCUGAUCCAUUUGCCGUGGAGUUCACGCAGCAGCUCUCGAGUGUUUGUGCUGCUGGUCCUGCGUUGGCCCUUUCGCAUGUAUUUCAGCGUUGCCUGGCGUGUGAUUUGA